AUGUCGGACAACAACGGUUGCCAUCAAACACACCAGCGGGCGAACAAACAUCUCGUGUUUGAUCGCCACUUUCGGUGGGUUGUGGUAGCGGGCGCGUGGAGAGCAAGUGUGCUGCGUCCACCGGUAACACCUGCAACCUCAAGAAAUGACAGGCAUUCGUCGUUAUUACAGCUGGCUGCUUGGGGCGUGCCAGCCGCACUGGCAGCGGCUGUAUUAGUCACAAGAGAUGUGGAUGCCGAUGAACUUACUGGUACAUGCUUUGUUGGGAACCAGUCUAGCAAGUCUCUGCUCGCCUUAGUUAUUAUUCCGGAAGCGAUUUGCCUGCUACUCGGCUCCGUGUUCUUGGCUUCAGGAUUGAGGACAGUUCUACGCCGUCCGACGCCAGUGCCAGUCCCAGGGCCGUUGCUGAAUACCCCAAGUCACCCUCAACCCCACACCGACCAAAGUAUCCUGCGAUUAGGAGCGUUUACUGCUCUUUACGCAGUUCCCUCCGCUUGUAUAUUGGCAACGUGGAUUUACGAGUAUGCUUGGAGAGAUGAUUGGCUCACUGGGCCUGUCCCAUCAAGCGAACCCUCAACGCAGCCUCGACCAGCUCUCUGGGUGUUCCUAUUUAGAAUAUUCGCUACGCAAGUUCUGGGAGUGAUGGUUGCCGUUUGGAUUGCCACUCCGCGUCUCAAGGCGUUGUGGAGGAGGAUCAGUAGUCCCAGAAAACCUGUGAUUGCGAAGUCCCCAGUUGGCCCUCCGCCUGCACCGCUUUCUAUGCAUUGUUAUGCUGGCCACCCGCACACACUCAACCGGCAUUCACAUAAAUAUGCGACUUAUAGACCCCCACAGCAGCAGUCGUAUCGUAAACCAAGACAUUACCACUACUCUGCCGGCGAAACUAUUCUAUGA